AAGCUAUCCUUGAAAAGCUAUUUGGUUUUCUUUGCAAUCAUGAAAUCUACUCUUGUAUUCUUCGCUUUCCUCUGCAUACUUUUGUUUACUAACACAAUCGCAGCAAGAAAAGGGCCAGGCGAGGGAUAUAAUGAUGAAACGAAGGAAAAGUUUCACACAGAAACAACUAAAGAAGCAAAACAACAGUCUGUUAUAAACCCAAUUCCUGCUAUCUACUAUCCAAAUAAAGUUGAUGGUCAGGAAAUGGAUAAUACAGGAAAAGAAUAUGUUAUAAACCCAAUUCCUUUUUUCUACCAUCCGAAGAAAGUUGAUAGUCAGGAAAUGAUCAAUGCAGGAAAAGAAUAUGUUAUAAACCCAAUUCCUUUUUUCUACCAUCCGAAGAAAGUUGAUGGUCAGAAAAUGGACAAUGCAGGAAAAGAAUAUGUCAUAAACCCAAUUCCUUUUUUCUACCAUCCGAAGAAAGUUGAUGGUCAGGAAAUGGACAAUGCAGGAAAAGAAAAUGUUAUAAACCCAAUUCCUUUUUUCUACCAUACGAAGAAAGUUGAUGGUCAGGAAAUGGACAAUGCAGGAAAAGAAUAUGUCAUAAACCCAAUUCCCUUUUUUUACCAUCCGAAGAAAGUUGAUGAUCAGGAAAUAGAUAUUGCAGAAAAAGAAUCUGUUAUAAACCCAAUUCCUUUUUUCUACCAUCCAAAGAAAAUUGAUGGUCAGGAAAUGGACAAUGCAGGAAAAGAAUAUGUUAUAAAUCCAAUUCCUUUUUUCUACCAUCCGAAGAAAAUUGAUGGUCAGGAAAUGAUCAAUGCAGGAAAAGAAUAUGUUAUAAACUCAAUUCCUUUUUUCUACCAUCCGAAGAAAGUUGAUGGUCAGAAAAUGGACAAUGCAGGAAAAGAAUAUGUCAAAAACCCAAUUCCUUUUUUUUACCAUCCGAAGAAAGUUGAUGGUCAGGAAAUGGGCAAUGCAGGAAAAGAAUAUGUUAUAAACCCAAUUCCUUUUUUCUACCAUACGAAGAAAGUUGAUGGUCAGGAAAUGGACAAUGCAGGAAAAAAAUGUCAUAAACCCAAUUCCUUUUUUUUACCAUCCGAAGAAAAUGAUCAGGAAAUAGAUAAUGCAGAAAAAGAAUUUGUUAUAAACCCAAUUCCUUUUUCUACCAUCCGAAGAAAAUUGAUUAUUGAGACUCUAGGAUUGAUCUUUCGGGUUAUGGAUGAUCGGAUUAACAUUAUUAAGUUGGUUGAUUUUAAAGGUGAGUCGAGUUCUUGUGGAUCAUUGGCUGAUUGGCUGACUACUGAUAGUUUAUCUAGGGAUGCUAUCUUUAAAGCUAGGUGA